AUGUUGUCUGUUUUCUUCAUCCUUGUUUCCUUGAUCAAAGGAGAUACUUGCAAUGACGCCAUUUCAUUAGGGAAAGUGUCUGACAAAGACUUGUUUUCUGAAAUCCAUACCCUGACAAGCACACAAACAUCACAGUGGAACUGCUUAGAAGCUGCUGGUGUGGUCACUCAACCAGGCCAAGUCUUUACUUUUACUACAGAUGAGGAUGUAGAUGUUGUUGCAAGUGCUUGUAAUGCACAAACUUCCUUUGCUUCAAGAGUGAUAAUAGGUACCUCUUGCACUUCUGGGGUGUUAAGUUCAUGUGAAGUAGCGACUGAUGCGUCUUUUGCCACAUGCAAAGGCCAAAGAAAUCGUCUUCAAUUCACAGCCAAAACAGGAACGACCUACUAUGUGAUGGUAACUGGUGUUACUAAAAAUGAAACUGGAAGUUACUUACUUACUAUUCAAAAGGUACCACAAGUGAUGUCAUCUUAUUGUACAGAGGCCAUUGAAAUUACUAUUCCAACUCAAUACGAUGCAGAAGUACAAAGUGACCAAACAUACGAUUCUUAUAAAACAACAAGAGGUGUAUGGUUCAAAUUCACUGCUACGGACACAAAAAUAUUUUUGAAUAGUGCUAAUAGACACACCACAAUGAUCCAACCCAUUUUUGUGUUGUUUAAAAACUCAUCAAUGACCUUAAACACUAAAUGCAACAAAGACCCUUCAAUAAUAUCAACAUACAUUUCUUCUGAGAACGUCAUCCCAAGACUCAAUUACGACAAACUCAUCGUUGGAGAUGUCUAUUAUCUUUAUAUCUACGAUUAUAAAGAUACUUCAACAAAUAACAAAGCUGGACGUGUGCAAUUAUACGCAUCCACUUCACAAGCUGCAGAUCGUUGUGAGACGUCAUUUGCAAUUUCACAGUCAUACCUCUCUUUUGUGAUCAAAAUGUCGGGUCUUGAAAAGGGCAGAACACAGUGCAAUGUUGAGAACUAUGGGUUUUAUAUGAACUUUGAAGGUGAUGGAAAUAAAUAUGUGAUCCAGACAUGUGGGACUAACUCGCUCACAGCCGAAAAAGCAACAGGCAUAGAAAUAUAUAAAGAUUCAUGUGGCUUUUGUGAAGAAAACCCAGCACUCAAAUGUGGGAAUGAUACGUACAUCGUAAAAACAUUUGAAAAGAAUCACAUGUACUACAUUCGACCUUCUUCAUUAAUUAAUACAGGAAGUAUUUCAUUUUCAAUGGUCCGCCUCGACUCCACUGAAAAUGAUCAAUGCGCAAAUGCACAACAAAUCGACUUGAUUGACGACGGGGACACAUUCUCCCAUGUAGCAGUUGGCUCGGACAAAAUUCCAAGUACAGUCGGAUGCAACACAACUUCACAAAAACAAGGAGGGUGGUAUAAGGUCGUGUCUCAUAGAAACGGAUUGAAUGUUCAGGUUGGUGUCCUGCCACGUAUGAAAUCGUUACAUAAAAAUAUCAUUCUUGAAACCAAAAGUUCGUGUGAUGAUACAACACAGUGUUCUGAUUAUAACAAUUUUUCAUAUUCGACCACUUUGAAUAAGAAUGAAAGUUUCACGUUGUUUGUUUCAGUCUCUCAAUCAUAUCCAAACCAGUAUUACCCAUAUUAUGGCGCUUUUAUCAUUUACGUUACUGUGAAAAACAGUGAUAAAGGUAAUUCAUAUGAUUUACCUCUUGUGAUCACUCAAUUGCCAUUCACUGCUGUCGACCAGUUCCACACAACAACAGUCCAACACCCGUGCGAUCGCCAAGGACACAACAAUGGAAUUUAUUAUCAAUAUACAUUCUUAACAGGGAAGUCGUAUGUCAUUGACACGUGUGGAUUAGAGUCUGCAACGACAGAAGCAACUUUGGCUUUUGGGCAAAAUGAUUCAUGUGCAGGGUUAAAUGUGAACAAAUGCCAAGACAAUACGGGUACUACCGUGAAGUUGACCCCAACAGAGGAUGUCACCUAUACUUUUGGGCCUAUAGCGACUAUUGGAAACACUGGCAAUUUCUUUCGUGCUUCGAGGAUAAAUGUGUAUGAAGAGAAAGCAGAGACUGAAGGGGCUUGUGAUGUUCCAACACCAAUCACUACAAAUGGAAGAUACUCAUUCAACACUUUAUACUCAAAACCAUCGCGUAGAGUGUGUGGUGAAGUGAAAGAUGGUCUUAAGGGGGUCUAUUAUACUUUUAAAGCUAACUACAGUUUGAUCUUGUUAGUUUCUACUGACGACUUGACUUCAUUUGAAACCCACAUCAGCUUCUAUAAGAGCUGCCAAGUUGUUGUUAAUGAUUCAGUCCCAAAAGAAUGUAUUGCCUAUGGAGACCACGAAACAACUCCAGUCGCUACUCGUGGCACUUAUGUCAAAUACCAAAUGAAAAAAGAUGAAACCGUCUUGAUUUAUGUUGGCUCAGCUUCUUCUGGCGCAACUGGGCUUGGAAAAGUCGAUUUCGAAUGGCGAGAAAUUGAAGACAGUGAAGAUUCCAAUAACGAGGACGGUGUAUCUUCUCUCUCCGUCCUUUUGAUCUUAGUUUUCUCCUUAGUAAUCUUAUUCUAA